AUGCACAAAGCAGCUGUGAAACUAGAGCUUCAAAGAUUAAAGCAAGAGAAAGAGCACAGACAAAAACAAGUGGAGCAGCACAAGAAGAAAACGGGGGCAGACUUUAUUACUAGGAAGAGGCAGAGAGAAGGUGAUGGAAAGAGGGAGAAUGACAGAAAAAAGAAAUGUGCUGAAGAGGCACCGAAACAUCAAAAGCAGCUGGAGGAAAUAAUACAUUCUACAAAUACCGUGAAAGAUGCCUGUCCAAAAGAUACUGAUGGCAAGGAUCUUGUGGAGAAUUUAGUUGAAAGGGUAGGAAAUCAAUUAUUAUCUGAUGAAAGGAUGGAAUCUGUUCAGAGACUUUUAGCAUCUGAAAGCAACAGUGUGAAGGCCAUGUAUGCAGAUUGUAAAUCAGCAGGUUCUGGGCUUCAGGUUCUGGAAAACUUGUCAGACAAUGUGGAUAAGUCCUAUGGAAUGACACCUUAUGAAGAUUCUGAUGCAAAGGAUUUCGAAACCUUGGAGCAUCAAAGGGAAAUAAGGCGUAGACAUAAGUUGAUUCCAUCAUGGGCUCAGGAAGAAAACUUAGAUAAAAUCUUGGUAUCCAAUCUGGCUUUAGACUCCAGAGAAGUUUUUGCUCAUAAGUGUUCUGCCAUCUUAUCUGAUGGUCCAGCGUGGACGCUGGCGGGGCAUGUGGCUUCUGGAUUAGAACAAGUACUUGUAGGGCAUCUCCCUCAGAUGCCCUUGGGCCGCAUUGAGGGGCUCCAUGUGCCGGCGGCGGCGGGGCUCAUGGCUCCAAACUGA